CCCGGCAAGAUGGGAGACCCCUUCGGCCGCUGGAGCAGCUCCCUGGCCCGGAGUGAAUAUGACGACAGCUCUGCACCACGACACCCCAAUAACUUCUCCCGCCCCAGCGGGAAAAGCAUCUACAACCAGCGCAAGGACUACGUCCAGAACCUGCUCAAACCCCAAAGUGAUUUCCAGCACCACGUCGAGCACCUGCUGACAUUGCGGCUGGAGCGGGACCUGCGCAGCGCCGAGGACUGUCUGGCACGGCUCAAGCUGCUGGACGCCCAGGGCAAAGUCUGGGGACAGAACAUCAUCCUGCAUGUCAGGGACCAGGAGCUGGUGCUGAGGGAUGUGGAGAGCAAGGAGGAGCUGGACGUUUACCCGCUGGGCAGCGUCCAGGGCUGCUCGGCCGCGCUGGACACCUGCAGCUACGACUCGGUGUUGACCAUCAGCGUGCAGGAGCGCAGCCCCCCCGGCAGCAGCGUCCUGCUCUUCCAGUGCGAGCAGCCGGGGGCAGAGAUGCUGAGGAGCAGCCUGGAGAAGGUGCUGAAGCAGCAGAAGGAGGAGCAGAGGGGUCACUAUGGGCACAGGGCCCAGAGCAGCCUGGACACACCGCUCAGCCUGCCCGCCCCGUACUACACGGCCCCGGAGCGCUGGGCAGAGACCCCCAAGCCCGACCUCCCCGCGCCCCCCCAGCGUGGGCUGCCCCCCUCCGACUACAGUGAGUCACAGCGGGGGGGUGGUGUGCCUCAGUUUCCCCCAAAGUGGGAGUGGGGUGAGGCGGAGCAGAGCUGGGACCCUCUGCUGUCACCAGGCUUCCAGGACACCCUGACGUCACGGAUCAGGUCCCCAGGCCGGGUCAUCCCCGAGGUGGACCGAGAUGUUGAGAUCCUCAACCACGUGCUGGAUGAGCUGGACCUCUUCGUCAGCCGCCUGAAGGCAGCGCUGGGCUUGGCCAACACCAAUGUGAAGAAGAAGAAGAAGAAGAAAGCUCUGCCCCCCCAGGGCGACUACGUGGACUUUUUCCAGAAGGUGAAAUACACCCUCAACCUCAUGGGCAGGACCUACCAGCACGUGAGUGAACCAACCCCCCCGGAGCUGCUGCACCUCAUCUUCACCGCCCUCUCCUUCGUCCUGGCCCACAGCCCCAGCCCCAACCUGGCGCGGGAGGUGGAGGCGCCGCUGCUGGAGCCGGGGGCGGUGGAGCUGCUGGAGCGGACGCUGCACCCCGAGCACUACGGCACCUGGAAAACCCUCGGCCCUGCCUGGAACAGGAGCAGGGCAGAGUACCCCAACGGCGAGGGGGUGCCCCCCUACACCCCCGUGUUCUCGGACGGGUGGCUGCCCCCCCCAGUGCAGCAGGUACAGCACAAGGGAGGGGACAGGAUGCCUCAGUUUCCACAACUCCCUCUCGAUGCUCACUCUGCUCCCCCACAGUCACCGGCCACCAGCUGGAGGGACAACCCCGACCAAGGGCCCCCCCUCCCCGUGCAGGAGAUGGCGCGAGUGCUGUAUGAGUUCCAGGCCAGGAACCCGCAGGAGCUGAGCGUCAGGAUGGGGGACACGCUGCAGGUCCUGGACCCGCAGAAGAAGUGGUGGCUCGUGCAGGACAGGCGGGGGGACAAGGGCUACGUCCCCAGCAACAUCCUGGAGCCCCUGGGUCACGGAGGCAGGGGACACAGCAACAGCCAGCUUCAGGAGAGCCCCCCCAACCUGCACCCCGACUCCUCACCGGCGGAGGUGACAGCCUGGCUGAAGGACAAGGGCUUCCAGCGCAUCACGGUGCGGUGUCUGGGGGUGCUGACGGGGCAGCAGCUGCUGCAGAUGAGCCCGGCGGAGCUGCAGGCCGUGUGUCCCGAGGAGUGGCGGCGCGUCCUCUUCAAGCUGUCCCCCAUCAGGACAUCCCUGGGGAUGAGCCCCAGGGAUUGAGCCACCAAGGCCACGCUGGCACCGUGUCCCCAACUGUCCCCACCAUGGAUGGAGCAUCCCCAGCACCGCAGGACUGGGGGGGUUCACCCCACACACCCCCCCCAAGAUGGAGAGCCACUCCUGGGAGGUUAGGGGACACAUCUGCCCUAAAGCCACUGAUGACACUUGGACCCCCCACCCAGGGAAACGCUCUGCCAGACCCCCCCACGGCAAAGUGGGGGGCAGGCAGCCCCACAGGGGCAUGGGUGGGUACCGUGAGAUGUGUGUGCACCCCACUAAAUGUAAAGCAACCACUGUCGGAAAUAAAGAGAGUGACAGC